AUGAGCUUAAACUUUAGCGAUGAUGAAGAUGUAUAUGCACAGGGAGAUGAUGUAAAUCUCGAGGGGGAUGACAUAAAUGGAAGAUUAGAUGACGAUCAUAUUGGGGAUGCAGAAGACGGAUACAUUGGAUUAGGAGCAGACAAUGUUACUGGAGACGAGCGUAAUGAAGAGGAAGAAAAGAAGAAAAGGAAAAAAAGCAUUACAUUUCAAUUGAAAAACCUUUUUAACGAUGUAGCGUUGAACAAAAUUACCAACCACAUUGUGAAGAAACGGAAGAGUGAACACAGGAACAGCUGCAAUAGUACGUGGGAUUCGCAUAGAAAUGAUGACCAAGCGAGCAAUGACAUACCAGGGGAUGAUGAUAUCUUAAGUGAGGAAGAAGACGAGCUGCAAAAAUAUGUGAGGGAAGAGAAGAACAAAAUAAAACAAAUUUUACCAGAAAAUGAUGAAUUGUGGGAUAUAUACAUGUAUUUAAAUUUAAAAAAAAAGAGAAGAAAAAUUGAUUAUAAUGAAAAACAUUACAGUGCAGCUAUUCGUAAAAUUUUAGAAUAUGUUACAAAUGAAUAUAAAAAUAUCAUUAGUGAAAAAUUAUUUUUAAAUAAAACAUUAAAAAAAUAUUUAAUUUUGCCUGACCAGUCAGAAUUUUUUCAAAAAAGCAAAAUUGAAAAUGUAGAGAAAAAUACGUCUAUUCCUAUUAUAAGAAGAAGAAACUCGCUAAAGCAAAUAAAAAAAAAGUUGGUGGAAUUGUACAAUAAAGGAAAUUGUUGUAGUUAUACUAAGGAUGAAGAGCUGACCCAUUUGUAUGCUGACGACAGGGAUGGAGAAUUUUUUUCAGAUCAUCCAAGCAGUAGUGGUCACUACAAUAGAAGAGGAAAUAGUAAUGAGAACUUGAAUAGAAAUGAAACGAAUAAUUUUGAUCAGAUUAGAAAAGACAAUAAUUUCAUCAUCGAAAAGGAAAAAUUAAAUCUGGAAUUAACAAAAUUAACAGAUAAAUACACUCGAAUGGUAAAUAAAAUAAGACAGCAUCGAAGAAAAAGUUUGAAAACAAAUUUUAACUUGUUUAUGAAUUUAAUUAACGAAGUAACGUCAAAAUUGUAUUUUUCUGUGCAUAGUGUCUUACUUAUGGGGGAUAACCAAACAGAUUUGACUGAUGUUUACAAAACAAUUCGAAGGAAAUACAAUAUUCAUGAUGUUCUAGGGAAGAUACAAAACCUUAGCCAAAAGAAGGAAUUCUAUGAACACUACCGUGCAUAUCUGCUUUAUAAGUAUAAGAGUACAUACCCGGUUUGCGAUAAAGUGUUUAAAACUCACGAAAUGGUUAAUAACGUAAAUAUUUUUAAUUUUAAAAAGUUUUACAGUACUGAAUUUGGAACGGAAAAGUUUUUCGUCAUCAGAGAGGAGGAAGAAAAAGAAGAAGAAGAAGAAUCUGUUCAACAUGAUGACGCGAAUGCGAAGGGCAAAGUGGGACAAGAAAAAUCUGAUGAUUUUUUCUCCAAAGAUGUUUAUGACGUGUAUGAUAGUAAUGACUUCUUCCAUGUGAAUGUUCGUUCGGAUGAAGUGCCAGCUGGCACUCAUGUAGAAAAAACUGCGAGAGAUCCGUCUAACGUUCAAGUCAGUAAUGCCUGUACGAAUGUUCCUGUUGAUGUCAUAUCAAACAUUUCUUCUGGUAUUACUGGAGGUAAUCCAGUUCAUACUGAACCAAGUGUCAAUGGUAAUGUGGUUGAAGAGACGCCCCUUGAGCGCGCAAAACGAAUAGCUCGUGAGAAGAAGCAAAAGUUGAUGGAAAGUAGAAUUAAAAUUGUGUGA